CUUGUAAGAGCUGAAAGGACCAAGCCAUUCCUUACAGCUGCUGGAGAUGGCUAAGAAGGUGCUGGCGGUCCUCCUGCCCCUGGUGCUCUGUCUGAUCGGGGUCAUUGGGAUCCUACUGCUGGCCCUGCCUGCCAAGGAGGUCACUGAGCCCCCAAAGUAUAAGUAUGGCAUUGUCCUAGAUGCAGGCUCCUCCCACAGUGCUCUCUUCAUCUACAAGUGGCCAGCUGAUAAAGAGAAUGACACCGGUAUUGUCAGUCAGCACAGCAUGUGUGAUGUGAGUGGCCCCGGGAUAUCCAGCUACUGGAUGACUCCCCCAGAUGCAGGAAAGAGCUUGGAAAAAUGUCUAAACCAGGCAGUAAAAGAUGUCCCAGCUAGCAGACAUGCGAUUACCCCCCUGUACCUGGGGGCCACUGCUGGCAUGAGACUUUUGAACUUGACUGAUGCCAAGGCCUCUGAUGAAGUUCUGCAGGCUGUCAGUACCACACUGAAGUCCUACCCUUUUGAUUUUCGAGGGGCAAAGAUCUUGUCUGGCCAGGAUGAAGGUGUGUUUGGCUGGGUGACCGCCAACUAUCUCCUUGAAAACUUCAUCAAGUAUAGCUGGAUUGGGAAAUGGUUCCAGCCUAGGAAGGGUACUCUGGGAGCUAUGGAUCUUGGCGGGGCUUCUACCCAAAUUACGUUUGAGACUGCAGACCAGAUUGACAGCCCAGAGAAUGAGAUGAACCUGCGGCUCUAUGGACAGUCCUAUCGUGUGUACACACACAGCUUUCUGUGCUAUGGGAGAGACCAGGUGCUGAAGAGAGUCCUGUCCAAAGUAAUAAAGGAACAGUCCUACUCAACAAAUAUCCAGCAUCCAUGCUGGCCCCAAGGUUUUACCAAACCAGUAACAUUUGGAGAUGUUUACGAGUCCCCAUGCACAUCUAGCGAGAAGCCUUCAACCUAUGACCCCUCGGUGGAGAUGACCAUUUCCGGCAGUGGAGAUGCUGACCAGUGCAGGCAGCAAGUGAACAAACUCUUCCAGUUCAGCGACUGUCCGUUUUCCUCCUGCUCCUUCGAUAAAAUCUUCCAGCCGAAAGUAUCUGGAAAAUUUAUUGCAUUUGCAGCAUUUUACUACACCAUCGACUACAUAAAAUCUGUGAUGAAGAUGCCAGUCAGUUCUCUGGAGGACCUGGAUACCGCCACCAAUGCCAUCUGCUCCUCCACUUUUAGCGAUCUGUCCAGCAAGAGUCCUUCAUUUCUACAGAAACAUCUGAGUGGAUACUGUGCCACCGCUAAUUUCAUCUACCUGUUAACUAGUAAAGGCUACAAAUUUGAUAACAGCACUUUCCCCAACAUCGCUUUUCAAAAGAAGGCAGGUGACACUUCCAUCGGCUGGGCCCUCGGGUAUAUGCUGAACCUUACCAACAUGAUCCCAGCUGAGGAGACCUCUAUUCUCAAAGCCACUGACUUCAGCUCAUGGGCCGCUCUCAUUUUUCUCUUUGUGGUCAUCAUUUUAAUUGCUCUCAUCGUACUAUUCAGCACAUGCAGGUCAAAUAAACAACAGCAAACCAUCUGAUGGGAGGACGAAAAUUCCAGUUCUUGUCAUCGUUCCUCUGCAAGACCAAAAAGAUUCGGUCUUCUGAUGGGUGUCAUCAAAUGGUCUCCCCUGCUGAGGCCUUACCAACUCUCCUAAAAAAAGAUCUGAAAAACCUAUAUCACUCUUCAGACAAUGGAAAUCCUAAAGUUUUUCAAAACCUGAUUUUUGGGUCUUUUGCUUGCUUUUCAGUUGACUUGCUGUUCAUGUAAAACACGCAGUAAGCUGUUGGUGUUUUUUUUAAACUAGUCGGGAAAAUGAGAACAUCCUUCAGAAUAAUACCUUUUUGUGUAUAUAGAUCUAUUUACUGCUCAGCUAUGAAUAUUGAUUGGACUUUUAAAGACUUGAACCAUAUGGCUGCCACUGGGUAAUGAACCACUGUUUGUAUCAUGUUAACGAUAUAGCUGUACAUGCUAGUUAGGUAUGCUUAUUGCACAUUUUGUUUUUUAUUGUGUAAAUACUUAUCAAGAGGUAAAUGUAUAAAAAUGGAUAGAACUUAUUUUAGCUCCUAUAUAUUACCAAACCUAGACUUCAGCUUUUUGUUAUCUAUCUAGUAUGGCCUUGUUCAUAUUCUGUUUUACCUCUUGGCUAUUAACAUGCCUUCUGUUACUUCAAAGACUUUUUAAUCUGGCCACACAUGUUGCACUCCUUCUUUUUUUUUUUUUUUUUUUUUUUUUUAAACGUACACCAAUUCAAGUUGUCGUUACUAAACGUAAUUUUUUUUUUUUUUUUUU